AUCAGCUUUGAAAUUUAAAAACAAUGGAGAAGACUCAAGAAACGGUCCAACGAAUUCUUCUAGAACCUUACAAGUACUUACUUCAGUUACCAGAGUGCACACUUGGGCUUCCCUGGUGCUCAGUGGUAAAGAAUCCACUUGCCAGUGCAGGAGAUGUGGGCUCGAUCCCUGAUCUGGGAAGAUAACUGACUGCCGCAGAGCAACUAAGCCCAUGUGCCAGAACUGUUGAGCCUGUGCUCCGGAGCACUGUAACUGCAGCUCCUGAAGCCCUCGUGGCCGAGAGCCCAUGCUCAGCAAUAGGAGAGGUCAACGCAGUGAGACGCCAGCACACCGCAACUAGAGGGUAGCCCCCACUCACCACAACUGGAGAACAGCUCACGCAGCAACAAAGACCCGGCACAGCCAAAAAGAAAUAAACAUUUUAAAAUGAAUAAAGCACACACUUUUCUUGAUGAGCAUACCUCAGUGGGAAUUAGGGCAUUUCUAUUCUUUAUGAGCCGGGGGAGGGUAAGUGUGGUUGUCCUAAGCCAGAAGAGUGGUAGCUCUACCUCCACCUUGGAAACCAUCGUGAUGAGUGAUAUUUCUACUCUAGCAGACCGUAAUGGAGACACACUUGCUAAUGUCAAUGCUUCAGAAGCAUGGGGGAGAGACAAGUGGAGAAAGCAAGGGAACAUUGCCAACUGUUCAAGAAAAAGCCAAGAGCCUGCUUUUGGGUGACAUUUAUUCAGCUGCCAGUAGCUUCACUUAUGUUAGGGUCUCGCUUUGAGAAAGUUCACACUGUUGCUCCUGAACUCUCCCCGCCUGUUGCUGGGCUUAUUUUGUUACAAGCUGGCAAACACUGGUUGGAACUGGGCUACCGUAAAAUAUGCCAGUUAUCAGUGAUGAUAAGAAUCUUAACUAGCAUCACCCAGUGUCUCCCACUCCACUACUGUACAAAGCAAGAACUGCCUGUAAUUACAUUUUAAUAAUAAUGUUUAUCUACCUAAUGAACUACUUCAGUAGCUUUGUUUUAAUCCUCAUUAUUCAGAAGAAAUGUUUUAGGCCUUUAGAUAACAUAUUUAAGACUCAUUAGCUAUCCUGUGAAAUGUGAACUUCCAACGACGUUCAAGCUGGUUUUAGAAAAGGCAGAGGAACCAGAGAUCAAAUUGCCAAUAUCAAUAUCGGCUAGAUCAUCGAAAAAGCAAGAGAGUUCCAGAAAAACAUCUAUUUCUGCUUUAUUGACUAUGCCAAAGCCUUUGACUAUGUGGAUCACAAUAACCUGUGGAAAAUUCUGAAAGAGAUGGGAAUACCAGACCACAUGACCCACCUCUUGAGAAACCUGUAUGCAGGUCAGGAAGCAACAGUUAGAACUGGACAUGGAACAACAGACUGGUUCCAAAUAGGAAAAGGAGUAAGUCAAGGCUGUAUAUUGUCACCCUGCUUAUUUAACUUAUAUGCAGAGUACAUCAUGAGAAACACUGGGCUGGAAGAAGCACAAACUGGAAUCAAGAUUGCUGGGAGAAGUAUCAAUAACCUCAGAUAUGCAGAUGACACCACCCUUAUGGCAGAAAGUGAAGAGGAACUAAAAAGCCUCUUGAUGAAGGUGAAAGAGGAGAGUGAAAAAGUUGGCUUAAAGCUCAACAUUCAGAAAACUAAUAUCAUGGCAUCUGGUCCCAUCACUUCAUGGCAAAUAGAUGGGGAAACAGUGGAAGCAGUGUCAGACUUUAUUUUUUGGGGCUCCAAAAUAACUGCAGAUGGUGAUUGCAGCUGUGAAAUUAAAAGACGCUUACUCCUUGGAAGGAAAGUUAUGACCAACCUAGACAGCAUAUUAAAAAGCAGAGACAUUACUUUGCCAACAAAGGUCCAUCUAGUCAAGGCUAUGGUUUUUCCAGUGGUCAUUUAUGGAUGUGAGAGCUGGACUGUGAAGAAAGCUGAGCACUGAAGAAUUGAUGCUUUUGAACUGUGGUGGUGGAGAAGACUCUUGAGAGUCCCUUGGACUGCAAGGAGAUCCAACCAGUCCAUCCUAAAGGCGAUCAGUCCUGGGUGUUCAUUGGAAGGACUGAUGCUGAAGCUGAAACUCCAAUACUUAGGCCAUCUCAUGCGAAGAGUUGACUCAUUGGAAAAGACCCUGAUGCUAGGAGGGAUUGGGGGCAGGAAGAGAACGGGACGAGAGAGGAUGAGAUGGCUGGAUGGCAUCACCGACUCGAUGGACAUGAGUUUGAGUAAACUCCGGGAGUUGGUGAUGGACAGGGAUGCCUGGUGUGCUGUGAUUCAUGGGGUUGCAAAGAGUCGGAUAUGACUGAGCGACUGAGCUGAACUGAGCUAUCCUGUCUUUUUUUUUUAAUCAAAUACACUCUUGCAUUCAUGGUAGAAUAUAAUCUCAAAAGAUUUUCCUAAAGAAACAGGAAACUGUGUUAUGCAUAAAGUAUUUUUCACAGAGAGCUUCAGAGUUACUAAAGUGACUUAAAGGUAAACAAGUAAGAACCAAACUGUCACAGGCGUUUAAUCAUUGGCUAAAAGUUCCAGAAGACAAGCUACAGAUCAUCAUUGAAGUGACAGAAAUGUUGCAUAAUGCCAGUUUACUCAUCGAUGAUAUUGAAGACAACUCAAAACUCCGACGUGGCUUUCCAGUGGCACACAGUAUCUAUGGAAUUCCAUCUGUCAUCAAUUCUGCCAAUUAUGUAUAUUUUCUUGGCCUAGAGAAAGUCUUAACCCUCGAUCACCCGGAUGCAGUAAAGCUCUUUACCCGCCAGCUUUUAGAACUCCAUCAGGGACAAGGCCUAGAUAUCUACUGGAGGGAUAAUUACACUUGUCCCACUGAAGAAGAAUAUAAAGCAAUGGUGCUGCAAAAGACAGGUGGACUAUUUGGAUUAGCAGUAGGUCUCAUGCAGUUGUUCUCUGAUUACAAAGAAGAUUUAAAACCACUACUUGAUACACUUGGGCUCUUUUUCCAAAUCAGGGAUGAUUACGCUAAUCUACACUCCAAAGAAUACAGUGAAAACAAAAGCUUUUGUGAAGAUCUAACAGAGGGAAAGUUCUCAUUCCCUACUAUUCAUGCUAUCUGGUCGAGGCCGGAAAGCACCCAGGUGCAGAAUAUCUUGCGCCAGAGAACCGAAAACAUAGAUAUUAAAAAAUACUGUGUACAUUACCUUGAGAAUGUAGGUUCCUUUGAAUACACUCGGAAUACUCUUAAAGAGCUUGAAUCUAAAGCCUAUAAACAAAUUGAUGCUCGUGGUGGGAACCCUGAGCUAGUAGCUCUAAUAAAACACUUGAGUAAAAUGUUCAAAGAAGAGAAUGAAUAAUGUUAAGCCAUUCUCGACUAGGCCUGAUACUUAGUUGACUUUUUUUGUCUUUUAGCCUAUUACCUUUUAAAAAAAUUGGACCAAGCUGUUAGUCUCCAGAAAUUGAGUGAUGAUGACUAUGUGAGUAAAGUUGUUUCAAUUUAGAAUCCCUAUGUACAGAUAAUCAUCAUAGUACAAAGUUGUAGGAAUCAAAAGGAGCCACAUUUAAAUAAGUCUAAUUUGAAUGUCAGAAUGUGCUGUGUUGGGACCUUGUGGCCAACUCUGCCUCACAUGUUGUGUAGAUUCUGUCAAUAAAAGAAGACUUCAGCUUCCAGGAA